AUUUCUUAUUCCUUUCCUUUAAGGUCAAGACGAAGCCAAGUGUACCUGCUGAGGUUUGGUUCACAGGAGAUUGCUGUUUACUGUCACAUGGGAAGCGUUGGGUGUGGAGAUGGAGGAUGGACGCUGGCCAUGAAGAUUGAUGGCACAAAGGUAAAAUACAUAUGCUCCACCAACAAGUUAAUAGGGGUAUUUUAUCAAAAUGAAGAAGAUGUUUACGUAUUUUUCAUUCUUAACUCAGAGUACUUUCCAUUAUGAAUCGCACUUCUAAAACGACAGAAAUACCUUUAAUCUCAUUGGAGCCAAGACUGGCUUCGACUUACAAGAAACAAAAUUGCCGACUUACUGGAACACGUACUUAUCCAAGAUCUGUCUCGGUAUGAGAAUCGGCCAUCAGAACAGGUUCAUGAUAAUCAACAGGCACGCUAACUCUCUUUACUCACCGAUCGCUCAUGGAAAAUACCGCGGCACCUCACUGGGUCGUUACACUUGGAGGAGACUGAUUGGUUCGGACGCCUCCUUACAGCGCAACUGUAAUAGGGAAGGAUUCAAUGCUAGGGCAUCCGCAGGUUAUUACAAAGCACGAAUUGGCAUAAUUUCUAACAACGAAAACGAUUGCAGUUCCUGUAAUUCUAGAAUUGCAUUUGGUACAGGAGGAUCUAAUGAUGACUCAAACACCUGUGGAAACGAGGUGAUUGCUGCGGCAGAUAAUGGAGACAAACACAUCUUGCAAAGACAUUGA